GUUGCCUCAGAACAGGACACUGGAGACAGCCUUUGAGGAUGGAAGGAAGUGAAGCGGGAAAAUGUCUCGGCAGUCCCGCUUAAAAAGGGGGCCAUUAUCUCUUGGCGACCGCCCUUUUCUCACUGAAUACGGGGAGCGUUGCCGCGAACGGGGACAACAGUUCAGCCGCAUGCCCGCUGGCGGGACGAGACUCGUCAUCGUCUCACGCAUCACAGCCGGCUGUCUAAGUCUGACCCAGGUAUUGAUGGUAUACAUUUUCUAUGCAUUGAUACAGUCGCGUUUAGCCAUGCCUUCCAUCUUCACUAUCAUAAUGACCUCUCUCCAAGAGACUGUUCUACCGCAUGGUGUUCUUGUGCCAACAGAUCUGUCGAUUCUUCAUGCUUCAAAGUUUGCUUGGCCCUACUACGACUUUCGGGCUGGUGUUUGUUAAAUUCUGCAUACAGCUUUGGGUUUUUCGUUCGGAUACCCCAAUUAGAACGGGCCAUCCAUUAGAUAUUUAUAUCCCUUAGAUUACUAAUGUCACCUUCAAUUCACGAAUAAGCUUGUCUGGAUAAAAGAAGAGAUAUUAUACGUUAGUGAAAUAGAUC